GGGCACUGUCUCCCCAGGAAGUGUGCCCAGGGCAGAGCCAGCGGCCUGGCAGUGCCCAUCUCCUCUCACAACAAACACCCUGCCCGGGCUGCUUCUGCGUUCAUCCCACCACAGCCUGGCCAGAGCGCCGCUCCAGCCCCCCAGUCUCCUCCGCGUCUGGACGCCCCAGGGAGGACCAGCCUGGGAGUCUGGCCGACGGUGGAGAGCGCGCGGCCGGCGCACAGAGGGCGGACGGACGCGCCGUCCGGGACGGCGAAGCAGGUGUAGGCUGGACCCUGGGCCCAACUCAGGCCACGCUGAGUUUUGCCUUCUUGGCUCUGGCCAGCACCAAGGACACCAUGAGCCAGUCCGGACCCAUGAGCUGCUGCCCAGGUUCUACCAACGGCAGCCUGGGCCGGUCUGACGGUGUGGCCAGGAUGAGCGCCAAGGACCUGUUUGAGCAGAGGAAGAAGUAUUCCAACUCCAACGUCAUCAUGCACGAGACCUCCCAGUACCACGUCCAGCACCUGGCCACAUUCAUCAUGGACAAGAGCGAGGCCAUCACAUCUGUGGACGAUGCCAUCCGGAAGCUGGUGCAGCUGAGCUCCAAGGAGAAGGUCUGGGCCCAGGAGAUGCUGCUGCAGGUCAGCGAUCAGUCAGUGCGGCUGCUGGACAUCGAGUCGCAGGAGGAGCUGGAGAACUUCCCGCUGCCCACCGUGCAGCACAGCCAGACGGUGCUCAACCAGCUGCGCUAUGCUUCGGUGCUGCUCCUGGUGUGCCAGGACUCCGAGCAGAACAAGCCCGACAUCCACUUCUUCCACUGCGACGAGGUGGAGGCCGAGCUGGUGCAGGAGGACAUCGAGAGCGCACUGGCCGACUGCCGGCUGGGGAAGAAGAUGCGGCCGCAGACCCUGAAGGGACACCAGGAGAAGAUCCGGCAGCGGCAGUCGAUCCUGCCCCCUCCCCAGGGCCCCGCCCCUAUCCCCUUCCAGCGCCAGGCGGGGGACUCCCCUUACGCCAAGAACCGGGUGGGCCCCCCGGCCCCGCUGCAGGACCCAGGCUACCGUCGCCGGGAAUCGCAGGAUGAGGAGCCGCGUGCGGUGCUGGCCCAGAGGAUAGAAAAGGAGACGCAAAUCCUCAACUGCGCCCUGGAUGACAUCGAGUGGUUCGUGGCCCGGCUGCAGAAGGCGGCAGAGGCUUUCAAGCAGCUGAACCAAAGAAAGAAGGGGAAGAAGAAGGGCAAGAAGGGGCCGGCAGAGGGUGUCCUCACGCUGCGGGCGCGGCCCCCCGCCGAGGCUGAGUUUGUCGACUGCUUCCAGAAAACCAAGCUGGCCAUCAACCUGCUCGCCAAGCUGCAGAAGCACAUCCAGAACCCCAGCGCGGCAGAGCUGGUGCACUUCCUCUUCGGACCGCUGGACCUGAUUGUCAACACUUGCGGAGGCCCGGACCUCGCACGCUCGGUGUCCAGCCCCCUGCUCUCCCGGGACGCCGUGGGCUUCCUGCGCGGCCACCUGAUCCCCAAGGAGAUGUCGCUGUGGGAGUCUCUGGGGGAGACCUGGACGCAGCCCCGCUCCCAGUGGCCACGGGAGCCACAGGUGCCCCCCUAUGUGCCCAAGUUCCACAGCGGCUGGGAGCCGCCCCUGGACGUGCUGCAGGAGGCGCCCUGGGAGGUGGAGGGGCCAGCGGCAACUGAGGACCAGCCAACCCUGGGGCGCCGGCUGUCUGCACAGAGCUCCCCAAGACAUAUCCUGGGUGAACCUACAACCCCAGGGGAUGCGCUGCAGCCCACCGGCUCCCCCCACGCUCCAAGGGUGUACCAGCCAACGCCUCCCAUUUCCAAGUACGUGAAGAUCCUCUACGACUUCACAGCCCGCAAUGCCAACGAGCUCUCUGUGCAGAAGGAUGAGGUCCUAGAGGUGCUGGAGGACGGGCGGCAGUGGUGGAAACUGCGCAACCGAAGCGGCCAGGCCGGCUACGUGCCCUGCAACAUCCUGGCGGAGGCCCGGCCCGAAGACGUGGGCGCUCCCCCGGAGCAGGCCGGUCAGGGAUACUGGGGCCCCGCCAGCCCGACCCACAAACUGCCCCCGACCUUCGCGGGGAACAAGGACGAGCUGAUCCACCACAUGGAUGAGGUCAACGACGAGCUGGCGAAGAAGAUCAGCCACAUCAGGAUGCAGCAGUCGCGGCCCUUCCGGGUGGAGCGCAGCCACUCCGUGCGCCUGCCGCUCACCUUCGAGUCGGGUCCCGAGGAGGUCCGGGCCUGGCUGGAGGCCAAAGCCUUCAGCAGCCGCAUCGUGGAGAACUUGGGCAUCCUGACCGGGCCCCAGCUUUUCUCGCUCAACAAGGACGAACUGAAGAAGGUGUGCGGGGAGGAGGGCGUCCGCGUGUACAGCCAGCUCACGGUGCAGAAGGCCGUCCUAGAGAAACAGCAGAGCGGGUCGGAGCUGGAGGAGCUCAUGAACAAGUUUCAUUCCAAGAGCCAGCGGAAGGCAGAGGACAGCUAGACCUGGCUGCGCAGAGGGGCGCGCCUGUGCUGGGCCGACCGCACGCAUGGGUGUCAUCUCUGUAGGUGUAUCAUCUUACACCCAGGACUCAGGGGCCAGAUGGGGCGGCCAGAUGCCUCCAGGCCUAGGCCUGGCCAGGCCCCUGCCUACCCCCAGCUUACCCACCACCCACACCAAGGACCAAGGCCAGCCAAAACUGUGCCCACCCCUGGGCCCUCAGCCACCUGUCCCAGGCCACAGGGGCGGACCUUUCCCACUGAACUCCUGUGCAUGGACUGCUCCUGGCCCUGUGAUCCUGACCCCCAGCCUACCGACCUCCAUCCACCUGCCCAUCUGCCCCCCACAUCCCAGGAGGGGUUGGCGUUCAGAGCUGGCUGGGCUGGUGACCUGGCCUCCAGAUUUGCCCCCCUACCCGCGGGUGCUGCUUGGCAAGGGCAGCUUGGGCAGGGCUCUGGGACACAACCCUGUGGAGGUCUGAGGGACACAGGGACUGGCCUCAGAUACCACCCCACACAGCCCAGGAAAGAGCUCCCCUGACUGUGUCCCAGCCAGUGGGGCCUGGCUGCUGUGCUAGUGGCCAUCACGCUCAGAGAUGAGACAAGGGGCUCUCAGGCCAAGCCAUUAAAACAGUUGUCUCCUGGCA